GAAGAAGAAUGUGUGUACGUCACACGGAGAGCUCAUGAUGGCGGUUGAUUUGACUCCUCGGUUCAGAAGGCUGAACAGCCAAACAAGAAGUUUUCGUGAAAAUAUACAGCACGGUUUUUCAGGGCCCUUUGGUGCCACCCAGCUUUGGCACAACAUCAUCAGGGCCCUGCAAACCCAGGUGGAGGCGCGCCGCUGUAGGAGGCACCUACGCGUUCAUGCCGAAUGUUUCACAGGCUCAGAUGCUGUGGAUGCCGUCCUCAGUUAUCUGAUGCAGAAUGUGGUGUUUUGCACAAGUGAAGUGUCUCGCCUCAAAGCUGCUCGACUCUGCCAGGCUCUGAUGGAGGCAAAGGUGUUUGAACCAGUGGGCACAAAGCUGUUUCGCAGAGACAAGGAAGUGGCCUUUGAGGACAGCGGCUGUAGCCUUUACCGUUUUCUGGAAUAUAAAGUGUUGCCAAGCUCCUCCAUGAAGGAGUGCGGUAGUGACGCAGAAAACAUGCCACCAGAGAAUGCAGAGAUUAAGAGGAAGAAGAGCUCCAGGCUGAAUGAACUGAGAACAAUCUCCAAUCCUCUCGCUGUCGGACCGUCAGAUAGGAGGGUUGAGAGGCUGCUGAGGACCAUCAACUUGCGGCCCUCCAUGUCCCCUGCUUUAAACACAGCCCCGACUACUUCUGCCUUUCUGUCCAAGGCUGUGGUGGAUGAGGUUUGGAAGCAGCAGACGCUGCUGCAACUGCUGCAGAUAGUGGAGUUGCCCAUGCUGGACUGUAUCCUGACCUCUCCUGCCAGGGUUCAGGCCCAGGCCUGCAGAGCUCCUCUGGCCUCGCAGGACCUGGUUAUCUCUAACACAUGCCUGGAGAGAGAGCUGCCCGAUACCCUUAACCUGCCCCAGUUGGAUGAGUGGCUGUCGGCAGCAGCAGACUGCUUGGAGCUCUUCCCCGACCAGCUGAUUGUGGUUGCAGGGGAACAGCUCAGCCAACAAGGCGGGGAUGCCUCUGUAGAGGAUGGUAAUUCAGAACAGAUGGCAGGCCGAAAAAGACUGCUCUUUGACACAAUUUCCAAGUACUACAGUGGACAGGAAAAGGCUCCACUUCUCUCAGGACGCUACCUAGAUAUACAUGCUGCAAUUCUGAAUCUACUGGAUGGAGGGAAGGUCCAGGAUGCCAUCAGAGCCUCUCAGUUGUGCUUGCGGCUACUGGAGACAAGCGUGAGAGAUGAACUGCGGAGACUACUGGCCCUCAUGGCCUCGGCAGCUCACCCAGAUGCCUGCCGCCUGCAGAAACAAACUGACAACAGGGCCUUGGUCUGCCGCACUUUUCAGAGAGCGAUUGUCCAGAAUCACGAGCUGACUCGAUCCCAGAGCGAAACCCUGGUACUGUUUCUCAUGGACAAUCACACUGAGCUCUUCAAGACUCCUACAUCCCUUAUUGAAGCUGUGAGGAGAACACUGAGGAGUAUGCAGCAGGGAAAAGACCCUGAUUCAAUUGCCACGUUCACCUUCUGCCAGCAGGUGACACCACAGGAGUACGAAGACCAGCGUGAGGCUACCACCCUGGAGAGUCUCAAGCAGCUUCUUCGUGACAUUUCCUCCAGCAAGAGCAUGUCUGUCAAGGACAGGAGGAGGCUGCUCAAAGAGUUUGAAAAACAUCACCCUGUGGUUUUCCUCCAGCAUUUCUCCAGCACCUUCUGAAACAUACAGCUGGAGGCUGCCGGUUUGACCUCCCAAGGUGCACUUCACAAGGGGCCAGUCUGCUAGGGUACAGCACUUACACUAAAGAAUGAUACUAAUUUAUUGCACAUCAUGGAUCUAAUAAAUCAUGUUGGCCUUAUAAUUCUGGGUGCUUUAAAGGCUGGCAUACAGUCACACCUCUAAUUCCAUCUAUUGUCUAGUAUGUAGAGAUGGUUUGACACCUUAGGUGACUGUCAGUGCAGCUAUUCCUAUAAUAAAUAUAAAUUUGUUGCUGCGGCAUUAUUACAUUGCUUUAGCCUCACAAAAUUCAUUUAGGUCACAAGUGGCCACAGUAGUUGAGGUUUUAUUUGUAGUUAUGCUGUUAAGUCUUGAUUUUACAUCCCAUAGCACUGCUUGCGUUAUCUAACUGAUGAAACGUUUUGAGAUAUACGUCUACUUGUUGAAGGAAUGGGCUUGACUGUAGUGGUGACUGGUUUUACACUCGUUUAUAAACAAUUAAUUAUCUAUUCAUCUAAGAUAUAAAGUGUCUAAAUGGGGGUAGUCUGUGAGCUGUGGACGCUCCAGCUGUAAGUAGCAGUUGGCUUUUUUUUUUUUUUCAGUUCUACACUGGUGACACUGAUUUUAUGUUGUAUAAAUGAAUAAUGUUUAAAGAGGGGAUUUGUCUUUUGCACCACACAUUGUUCUGAAAAUGAAGUAAGUUAUAAAAAUGAUAAAAGGGAUCACUGAAAUGAAAUACUCUCUGGAGUUUCAUCAGCCAUGUAGCCAGCUGUUUUGAGGCUGUAAUUGAUGUACAGUUAAUGUACUAAUUGAUGUACUUCUUGCCGGUGUGGGUACUUGGAUAAAGCUGUUGCAUUAUCUUUAUGAGCUAUUUAAGUUAGGUUGAUUGGGGCUUUGGGAAUGGAAUUGUGGUUGUCAGAAGUAAUGCUGUGAUCAGACAUUAAUAUUUCUACAUAUCAAGUGAAGCAUAAAAAUAUUAUAGCAGCCUUUUUGUUUCUUGUUUUGGGUUUUCAGUUUUACUGUAGCAUGCUAUUUAGUGUGGUUGAGUAAAAAUACUUAAUGUAGCUGAAUGAAGUUUAACACAGUAUGUAACUUGUUUUUGUUAGAGAUGAAGCAAAAAGGUUUUAAGAUUUUAACAUGAAAUUUAUUAUGAACUGAAAGCGGAAAGGGUAUAAUAGUGUGUUAGGCUAGCCAUAGCUCAGGUUAAUACACUGUAUUUGAAUUGUAUGGGUAUUGAAUGCUUUUCGUGCCAGUAACAUGGUCAAAUAUCUUUUAGUUUUAACUUUUAAGGAUUUUACUUGAAAGAGGCAUAAUAAAAGGCCACUAAUUGAAUCUUUUGUUAUGCACAGUGCCCCAGAUCGAUUUUAUUCUCUUAACCGAUGAAGCCGGGGUCAUAGAAAGUAAUUUACAGUCAAAAUCUCAUUUUCAGUCAGCAUCUUUUGUUCUUUGCAGACACUAAAAUCAUGUUAGAAUGCACUUUAUGAUGCUGAAACAUGCUUUACUUUCUGUUGAAAUAAC